AUGGAACUGUGCCGGGGGCAGGCGAGAUGGGACGAGGGUGACUGGUGGCUGCCGCCGGUACCGCCACCGCAGCAGCAUCAUCCGGGGGCAGAAUACACCACCUGGGCCAGCGACAAGAAGAUCAAAGUCGGCGACACCCUCGUGUUCAGCUACGCCGGCGGGGCGCACAACGUGGCGGAGGUGAGCGCGGCGGACUACGCGUCGCGCUCCGCGGCGAACGUGCUCAGCAGCGACGGUAGCGGCGCCACCACCAUCGCGCUCAAGACCGCGGGGAAGCACUACUUCAUCUGCGGCGUCACUGGCCACUGCAGCAACGACAUGAAGCUCGCCGUCGACGACGUUGCCGCCGCCACCGCCGCCUCGUCGCCGAAGGCGUCCCCGACCCUGGACACCCCCUCCACCACCCCAACUUCGCCAUCCACCCCCGGCGCCACGCCCAAGACCCCGGCGACCGUGCCUGCGCCCCCGACCAAGCAGUCGGAGUCCGGCGCCACCGGACUCAGGGCCACGACGGUGGCUGGCUUGGGCAUCGCGGGGCUGGUGGCCGCGGGGCGUAGUCUGCCCCCGUGGUCCCCCGGUGGAGUAGGCCGGGGACGGCAGCAGCAUCCAGAGCCACGCGCUCGGCUCGCUCAAGAAGGGCGCGUCGGUCAGGAUCUCGGGCGGCCGCGGUGGCGGUACCGGCGGCAGCCACUAACAACCUUGCGCGUAGCCGCCGCCGUCGCAAGCGUGUGCGCCGUCGUGCGUGAGUGAGCGCCGGCAGUGGUUGGCGGCGGAGGUAGCUUGUAGGUGCACACAAGGUGUUUGUAGAAAUGCCCAAGAGAAGGAGAGAGAGGAGGAAGAAGAGGGUUGACGUGCGUGGGCAUUUGUAAUACGGUCAAAGUUAACGGUCAAUCUGACUUGUGGGCCCAUUCUGUCUGAAAGACGUUUAGAAGAGGCGAAUCGGGCACUUUCCCAACAUGGUAGUUUUUAGUCACAAAUUAGCAAAAAAAUGAUAGUUUUUGGCAUAAAUUUA